UAAAAGCCAGCAACUAUCCCACGAUAUAUCCCACGAUAUCCCAUCCAUAGUGGCCACAUUUUCGAAAUUCGAAAUAGUAAAAAGAAAAGAAACGUUUCUUUCUCCUAGGUAAUUUGAAAAACAAUGGCUCGUACCAAACAAACCGCUCGCAAAUCCACCGGCGGCAAGGCUCCUCGCAAGCAACUCGCUACUAAGGCUGCAAGGAAGUCUGCACCCACGACUGGUGGAGUCAAGAAGCCUCAUCGUUACCGCCCUGGUACUGUGGCUCUUCGUGAGAUUCGUAAGUAUCAGAAAAGUACUGAACUUUUGAUCCGUAAGCUGCCUUUUCAACGUCUUGUUCGUGAAAUUGCACAAGAUUUCAAGACGGAUUUGAGGUUUCAGAGCCAUGCAGUUCUUGCUCUUCAGGAGGCAGCAGAGGCAUAUCUUGUAGGUUUAUUUGAGGACACUAAUCUCUGUGCCAUCCAUGCUAAGAGGGUCACCAUUAUGCCCAAGGACAUCCAACUUGCUAGGCGUAUUCGUGGUGAAAGGGCCUAAACUUUAAUUCCUGUAUGUUUGUUUAGGUCACUGCUCAUAUCCUCCUACGUUUUGCUAUCUACUGUUCUAUUCCUAUCUAUAGUGACACAAACUGGUAGUGUACUACUUAACUGAAUAUCGGUAGUAUCUGUACUUCACUCGUGUAAGAUGACAUAUGUGAAUUAACUCUUUAUCUACCUUGUUUAGAGACAUAUAUGGUAUUAUUAUGUCGUUCA